AUGAAAAAGAUUAUCAGCACUUCCGGAAAUGGCAUCGGACAUACCGUCAGUAUCAGAGUGGUUUCACGGCCGAAAUGUUUUCGUCACCGGCGGUACGGGAUUUAUGGGGAAGAUGUUGAUUUACAAGUUGCUGUUGAGCUGCCACAACCUUGGGAAUAUUUUCGUGCUAAUCAGGAAAAAGAAGGGUCUAGAGCCACAGAGCAGACUGCAACAGAUGAUACAGGAACCUGUCAAGUAGAGGAAAUUUCAAGUUACGAUCUAUUGCGAUCUACGAUGUGCGAUUUAUUAUGUCAGACAAGGAUAAUCAAAAAUGCUUCGUCACGGUGGGCACAGUCGCCUCUAAGGUUUAUAGGACCCUGGGCGAAAAAUUUAAACGAACAUUAAUACGUUAUCGACCUUAUCACUUUUCAUUUUUACUUUCACUAUUUCUACUAUUUUAACCAUUUUAUUAUUUUACUAUUUCAUUGUCUUCUACUAUUCUACUUUCUAAGAUUAAGACUGCCAUUCAACUAAAACGAUCAAGGUAGAUUAAUCAUCAAAGUCAUUAACCCAUUUGUUAGUAAUUAACUCGUAUAUAAUCCGAAAAAUACUGGCUUCACAUCGCUUGACAAGGAUUUACGAUGUCUCUGUCGUAGCGAGGAUAUAUCACCGAUUUAGAAGACAACCUGUAUAGUCGAUAUUAUGAAAUAACGGUAAUAAUUUACUCGAACAUGCAAUUCCUUUUGUUCAUCCGGGGCAACGAAAGCGAUGGUCGAAACCGAAAGGAAAUUUUGUUCACUCUACAAGAAACAUGAUUUAACGAUUUCCACAUGGGCUACAGUGGUGAUUUUUCUGACGAUGAACAACGUUCUUUCUUAAUGAUUUCCUUUAACGCACACGCACACACAAACUAAACACGAGAUCACCAGCACAUACCUUAAGUAUAAUCGUCCCUUUCACUUUCGUUCUUAUUCAUUUUAAAGUGAAUUGGUUAUCGAAUUAUUAAUGUAAAUAGAUAACGUUGAAACAUUAUUACGUAACGUGGGUUGUAAAGAUAACGAAUGCAAUCGAACUCGUACAUCGGGUUUAUUCAUUAUAUGCAUCCACCGAUUGUUUCGUAUGUCAUAGUCAUGACUAAUAAUGCAUUGCUUCAAGAGGAUUAAUUGUAAUGAAAACAAUGACGUAACUAGCACUUUUGUUUACGGUGGAACAGAUACUUCAACUUCCUCAAGUGCGUUGCUUAAUUUUAUACCACAGCUUUUACUUGUACUUCGUUUUCGGGUGAAUUGAGUUCGGAAUUUAGGGAGAAUUUGUGGGUUUCAAAAUUGGAGAUUUGAAAAUUUGGGAAUUUGAGGCUU